AUGCCAUCAAGGUUUAAGAAUAAGACUUGUUUGCCAAAUGCAUUUAAAUCAUUUCCCAGCUGUAGAGUUAUAAUUGAUUGCACUGAAAUUUAUACAUCAGUAUCCCGCCAAUCAAUGAAUAUACAACGGGAUACUUACAGUAGUUAUAAACACAGAAACACCUGGAAAGUCCUUAUUGGAAUUGCUCCAAAUGGUGUGGUUACAUUUGUGAGCAGUUUAUAUCCAGGAUCAACCUCCGAUAAAAUUAUAACUUUAAAAAGUGGUAUCUUAGAACAAUUAGUCCCAGGUGACGUUGUUAUGGCAGACAAGGGAUUUUUAAUUGGUGAUAUUUUACCUCCUGGAGUUUCACUAAAUAUUCCACCUUUCUUAGAUACUCCACAAUUUACUCCACAACAAAUUAUUCAGACUGAAUCAAUAGCAAAAGCUCGAAUACAUAUUGAGAGGGCAAUUCAACGUAUUAAAUGUUACAAAAUAUUAGAUUUUAUUCCAUUUUCUAUGCUUAAACAAGGUGAAUAUAUUUUUAAAGUUGUUGCAGCUAUAACUAAUUUACAUAGGCCACUUUUAUAUGAAAUUCAAGAAAGUAUGUAA